AUGCGCGCUGUUUUUCAAUUUUUCAAGUUUGGACCUCUUUCCCAUAGACAUCUCUCUUCCCUCUUUCCCUCUUUCCCAUAUAGAUCACUCUCUUCCCUCUCGCUCAUCUCUCCUUCUCUCUUUCCCGUAGACAUCUCUCUCCUCUUCGUAAGCUUUCCUCUUCACAAUCUCGAAUCCAACCACCACCACUACCCUCUCGUUCUAAAUGAUGGGCAGCCAUGCGAAUCUCGAAACCGAAGCGAAUCAAGUCCCAAAGUCAAGUCUCCAACUCCAGCUCUCGUCAUGCCGUCUCCAACUCCGUCUAACUCUCAUCUGAUUGUACAAUCUGUGCAAGUUCUCUGGCAAAUACAAACUCGCAUCUCCAGUUUGGCAGAUGAGGGAGCAGAUGAAGGCCCAAGGUGAGGAGCUGAAGGCCUAUGCCGGGCACGUGAGAGACCUUGUACGAGCCAUACAGAUGUCUGGCCUCCAAAUCUCGCUACCAGUACCUAAUCUUGGUACACCUUCGACCUCCGAGCCACUUCACCUAGAAGACUACUUGUAGUUUUUUUAUUUUGUUCGGACAUCUUGUAUGUAUGUACAUUUUCAUAUAUUUUAUAAUUAAAUAUGUUUUUUGGUUAGUUAA